AUGGAUGACUUGAGUACAAUAGUGGAGCCAAUAAGCACUCUGCAGAAAAUAACAUUCGGGGAGAAGUUUGCUGAGUAUCAGGUGUUGCGAUGUAAUCAUCCUGGGUUCUUGCCCUUGAUAAUACAGAUCGAGGCAUUGAUCACGGGGGGAUGUCAGAUGUGGUUCAAGAUGUACUUGCAUCAGGAGAUCUUGGUAGGACAUUUAAGAGACUUUUUAAGGAAGAUGCUUCAGAACAGAUUUGCCAACAUUGCACAAUACAAGGACAACAUCGCCCUGGUGGUUAGCGAUUUCAUAAUCAUCAAAUGUAAGUGUAUGAAUUUAUUCAAAGUCGAUGUGCCUUUAAAUGAAAUAUAUUAAAAGAAAGCCGAGAAGGAUGGGUGGCUUUACAUCACUAUCGCUUAUGAUUACUAAAAAUGA